AUGAAUGGAUUGAUUCUGUGCGAGACCUUGCUGAGGAUCGAGAAGGCGAUAAUAUCAGUUCUUCGAUUAAGUGAAAACGCCUCCGCCUUUCCUUCAAAGACACAUGAAAUUUUUGCGAAAAUUUUCAAUGGAUACAAUCGUCAUAUUCGACCUGUUCGUAAUCUAUCCACAACUACUGUAGUUUUUAUGGACAACGGUUUGAGAUCAAUCAUAAACACCGAUGAAGUAAAUCAAGUGCUUGUUUUGAAAGAAUGGCUAAGAAUGUUCUGGAAGGAUGAGUUUCUCACAUGGGACCCGGCUGAGUUCGAUAAUAUCACUGAGAUUAAAGUGCCGCGAAGCUUGAUUUGGCUUCCAGAUGUGAUAAGAAUUGAUGUAUUAGAUCAAUCACAACUGAUGGAAGACGAUCGCAGCUUCGUUCUGUUGGAUCAUAUGGGCUUCGUAAGACAUUCUGUGGAUCAUGUAUUGAAAGUGUUUUGCGAUUACAAAAUUACCAUGUUUCCAUUUGAUCGUCAGAAUUGUUCGAUUCAUUAUGAACCAUGGCAUUCCACACAGAAAGAGGUAUUCAUUGAAGUACAUCCAGAAGCCGAUAUUAACAACUAUCGACCGAGCAAUGAAUGGGACCUGAUCUCAUAUACAGCUCGUACUGGUCUCGGUUCGUAUCCACAGAUACUUUCACAAUCCACAGCUCGUGCAUACUAUGACAUCGUAAUCAAAAGAAGACCUCAUUAUUAUGUAGCAUGUUUCAUGCUUCCUUGCUUUAUAAUUAUGGAGCUAUCACUGCUUGGUUUAUUCUCACCGUCAAGUGACAAUGGUGAACAUAAUGAGAAAGUGACUAUGGGAUUGACAAGUCUUCUGUCCAUGUCCGUAUUGCUGCUGAUGAUAUCGGAGAAUCUGCCAAAAACAAACGAGGGUCUUCCUAUUCUGGGUUUUUUCGUUCUCGUUGAAAUCCUUAUUGGAGCGUUAGCGACUGCCACAACUGUGUACGUGUCUCAUCUUCAAAGUAGUUGGCGUCACAAUGAGAAUAUCCCCUCAUAUCUGGUGAUGUUGACUCGUUUUCAAUUCUGUCUUAGCCGAGUCUACAAGAAUGACAUGGAUUCAGAAUUCUCUAUCGAAGAAUGUAAUCAUACGGAUAGUAUCCUAAAGAGAGACUCUAUUGCACGUAGCCAAAUUCUAGCUCGUAUUGGUAACUUUGAACAUAAUGUUCGCGUGAUUUCUGCAAAUCUGCAACGAAAAGCAGCUCAGAAGCGCCUUCGACGGAUUUUGUCAAGGGAAGAAAAGAAGGCAACGAUCUACCAUGGAAAUGUUCCGAACGAUCAGAUCCGCGACAAUGAAAAGAAACAGAUGCUGUGGCAUCGUAUACUACAAGUUCUACAAACAAUGAAUACUAUAAGAGGUCCCUCCAAUCCUGUCUCCACGAUACCGUCAAAGUCUGGCUUGGAGAAAAUAGCACGACCAGGAGGAAGCACUUUUGGCAUAUUGCCCGUCUCUCAAUGCCCUCUAGCUGGAAAGUACGGUACAGGGCCACCGUCCAACUGUGCGAUGCCAUCCGAUCCGAACAAUCUACCACCUUCAGCGCUGGAAACCUGGUUCACCAAGGAUGUUUUCAAUGAUUUGUUCCCGUUUGCUAACCUUGGAUGGGGUUCAAAUCCUUGUUUCCCGUAUUCGUACGAGGCGUUUGUGAUUGCCGCUAGAUACUUCCCGGAUUUCGGCACAAGCAGUCCGAAUUCGAUCUAUUCUCAAACGGAAAACACUCGACGAGACCUGGCUGCUUUCUUCGCUCAUGCUGUUCAGGAAACCGGAGAGAACAACGCAGGACUUUACGAUGGAAAACGUUCGCUAAACGAUGCAGCCGAUUGUUUUUAUCGUGGUGGUUUCUAUAAUUGGUUCGAAGGUGGACCAACUAGUUCGUUUCUUGACCAAGCAGCACCCGGUCACGAUCCAACGGAUGGCGACAAAUGCAUUGCCGCUGGAAAAUAUUGUGCUGAGUCACCGGAGAUCACUUAUUUCUAUCCUUGUUCGAAAAAUAAGAGCGGUGAAUUUUUCAAAGGAUGCUACUUCGGCCGAGGAGCAAUACAGAUUUCCUACAACUAUAACUAUGGGCAAUUUAUGGACUACUUGAAAACACGGAACAUUACCGCUGAUUUGCUCAGCGAGCCGAAUUUGAUUAUGACGAAAAUGGAUCCACCACUUGCGAUUCUUGCCUCCUUAUGGUUCUACAUGACACCGCAACCUCCUAAACCAGCUAUGCAUGAUAUUGUUAUGGGAACAUGGAACAGUGGUGCACAAAACGCAGCAGCCGGCUACACUGGGCCCAUAUUUGGACCUACAAGUUUGAUCAUCAACAACGAAUGCAAUGGAGAAGAUCUACAAGAGCCAGGAGGUCCCGGUGAAUCACGCCGUAUCAAAGCGUUCAAAUGGUUUUGCGCUUAUUUCGGUGUGCCAGCAGGAGCGGAUAAGUUGCUUAGUUGUAAAGAUAUGCCCGUGAAAUUUGACGCGAUCCGUUACAACUACAGUUAUCAGCCCGAUUGGAGCUCAACCUGGAAGGAUCAGCCGUGCAACUGCGCUCCGGCCGGUUAUGGAGGACUAAUACCGUAUUUUGAUCCGGCCUACUAUCCUGAAAAAUUCGUGAAUAUGAACGAGGUGAAUCGAUUGCGAUGUGUGGCCAGUGUCUAUGCUAAUCCAUCCAUGUACAGCCUUACUAACACUACCUCAGCUUGCCUUAACUAUUAA